AUGAACAAUACGACAACUGGCGACGAACUUUUAUGGAACGAACACAUAGCAGUGAGAGUUGUGCGACUUGUUUUAUAUCCUUCAGUUUUUAUUAUCGGCGUGAUCGGGAACAUAUCAGUGUGUGGAUUGAUCCUUUGCGCUAAAACCAAAAAGUUUCGAUCGUCCAAGGGCUACUUCAUCCUGAACCUUGCUUUGUCGGAUUUAUUGGUACUUUUUAUGUAUCUUCCUUUUGACCUGGCGUAUUUAGAGAACUACUUUGUCUGGCCGUUUGGCUUGGUACUUUGCAAGCUCAUCAGCGUCACGAGUUCACUUUCAGUUACAGUAUCAGGGUCCAUGUUAAUUUGCAUCGGCUAUGAGCGAUACAAGUCAAUCGUGCUUGGUAAGACCCUGGGGAGGCGUUUAAGCAAGAAAAAAGCCCUUGCUAUGGUCGCGUUCAGUUGGAUUUACUCCUGCCUGUUGCAAGUGCCGUUCGUGUACGCUUUGACUAUAGAGGCCAACGGAGGCUGCAAGAUCGACGUGGACUGGUGGCCUAACGAACUUACGUUCAACCUCACUUACAUUAUGGCGCUCAUCGCGCCCCAGUUUGUGAUCCCAGCAUUGUGUCUCAUUGUCUUCUACGUGGGAAUUGUCUUUCACUUGAGGAAAGCGCACAAGUUGAACACGAAGCAAGGCAUUUACACCAGCGUGAAUGUCGCGGAAAAACGUGAGCAACAAAACCGUAAAACAACCAAGUUAUUAACUGGCUUAGUGUUGGUGUAUGCAUUUUGCAUAUUGCCCAACAAGUUGAUACUUCUGAACAUCCUGAUUAACCGAAAAGUAUUGUCGUCGUCACUUACCAGGGAAUUAUACGAAUUUACUAGGCUAUUAACAACCGCUAAUAGUUGCCUCAAUCCUAUUCUAUAUACAACUCUGAGCCGCAGUUUUAGAAUGGAUUUGAAGAGGAUGCUGUCGAGAAGCCGUUCAGAUGCCUCCAGCUCUUUUUCGAACAAAUAUUUAAGGACUUCACGAGAAACUUCUCGCUCUCAAAGAAAAUCUAAUGCACUUAACUACCAUGUUCGUUUGGAGGAGGCAAUAGAGAAGCUCGCAAGCGGACAAAUUGAGAGCUUAAAAGAGAGCAGAGUGUAA